UGAUAUGUCAUUGUCGGCUUGAUAUGUUGGAAUUGUUAUGAUAGUGCAGUAGACAAAAAAUGGUUCGUAAAGAUUCUGCAGUUCUAGAACCUGAGCAGGCUCUCAUAUUUGCAAAAAAACUUUUGUGCAAUAAAGUGUUUUUGGGACAUUAUCAAGAAAGAAGAUAUGUGGAUUCAUUAAAGUCGUACAGAGAUGUUGUUCUUAUCGACGAAGGUGAAAGUGAUUUAAAGUCACAGCUGGACAUUGUGAAACAACAUAUGGCAAUAUACUGUGGCACCAGUAUUUCGUGGAUUGGUAUAACAGGCCCAGAUGUGAUUGGUGCACCAAAUGGUUAUGCUGUGUGGGUGAAACUACAUGAAAUGCCAUUUGGAAAGUACUGGUUCCAGAUAAAGAAUAUCAAAAUCUCCCAGAGUUGUGAAGUUGUUAUUAGCUUGAAACGUGUCAGAAAGGACAAACAUAGUGGUAAUGAAACUAAAGAUGAACUGGAAGAGGACAACUCAUUGAGAUCAGUCUCGUCAAUUCUUGUUGACUUUUUCAGUUAUGGAACUGCCAAAAAUCUAGUAAAUAGAAUAACUUCAGAGUUGACGACAGAAAAUGUUAGUAAAACAGUUUGUUUUAUAACAGUGCUUUUAAUUACUGUACUAGCAGGGCUUCUGCAUUUAGUGAAGCUACUGGGAUUUUUUUCUUUGAAAUUCCUGCAUCAGCUGACAAUUCUUUUGCAAGUACUGACUCCUUACUUCUUAGGAAUUAUGGAUUUCUUAAGUAAGUGUGUUGGUGGUCUGUACAUUUUGAUAGCAAUGAUGUGGAGAGAUAGGGGGGUACCUCAACAUUCUCGGAUACAAACGUUCCCAAUGCCGAUUCCAAAACAGAGACGGGUAAAACCCCUCCCACUCCAGUUUUAAAAAUUGGAUAAAAUAAGACUCAACCACUGCUGUGCAGAGGUACACCCUCAAUGUGGGCUCCAAAAAAACUGAUGGGGCAAUGAAAUUCACACCAGUUUUAAAGUUUUUAAUCAAGAGGCAAGUGCCACUGUAAAAUAAUUUUUGUAAUAAGUGUAAAUAUUUAAUUUCUUACUCUUUUCUGCACAUGCAUCACAUAGUGUAAUCAAUGAUGAAAUCAAAGUUUCUGAUAUCUGUGAUAUAAAAGAUUUUUUAUGAAGAUUUCAAAAUAAAAUAACUACUUGAGAUAUUAAA